AUGCUGUCCAGGCUGCUGUUGGUCCUGGCUUCGGCCGUCGUCAUGGUGAGCAGCCAGUACUCGGCUACCAUCAACCCGGACUCGGUGUCUCUGUCUCUCAGACAGACCUGGUGCUUUAACCAGAAGCACUCGUGCCCCCUCAUCUGCCUGCAGCUCAACGGGUCCACCGGUGCUUCAGUGAAUGACUGCGACCCCAACACACUGGCCUACUCCUGCAUUUGCAACAACGGCAUCACCCCCAACGCAUCCGAGUACUCCGAGACAAUGGCCUAUUACAUCUGCACUGAGGCCGGCAACCAAUGCGUCAGUAAUUGCGCCCAGGGCGACUCCUCCUGCCAGAGCGAUUGCCGUGUGGACCACCCAUGCGGAGCUCAGCACCCUAUCCGUGUCAACGUGACCACAACCAGCUCUGCUGUUGCUGCUGCGUCGGCCACGGCCUCCAAUACCAAUACGGCCAACCCCCUCGGCACCAACGCUGCUACUGGUGGCGCAGUCCGCAUGUCCUCGGACCUUGGCCAUGUAUACGGAUUGUGUCUGCUUGUGGGUGCGUUCAUUGCCGGCUUCGCAGUUCUGCUGUAA